GAACUAACCCAAACCAGUCAUUUCUGCAACGCCGGAAUAUAACCUAACCGCAAAGGGAUUUUGUCAAGACUGAAACCCUUACUCAUGUGUCGGAAUCUGCGGGGUCGCAGAACAUCUUGGGGGAAAGAAUGAAAAUGAGGAGAAGACGAAGAAGAAACAACUACGGGUCACGUGAUUGGCUCGAGCAUCUUUUUUUGGUCCAUUUUGGAUGAUAGCAAGAGCUCCGUGCAACCCAAGAAAAUGACCAAGUUGCAGUUUUUAAACGUCUUUUUGACUGAGCGUCUCAUGCUUGCGGCGCAGGAGAUCUACAAAUCUGUAGAGGACACUAUUUUAGAGUACCAGGAGGAGAUAGCUAUCAGGGAGCGGGAGAACGACCAUCUGAGACGCAGGCUGCGAGACGCUGGAAUUGAAAUAUGGCCAGGUUAGCUGUGCUGAAAGCUAACGAUCGCCCGUCCAUGGCGCUGUUGGACGAGGAGGAUGGUGAGCAUCCACGGCGUGAGUGGAGUCCCAGCAUGGGGCACGAAGAGCGUAUCCCUAUUCAGAUUAAGGAUAAAAGAGAUCUCCGGCCCAACCAAGGAGAUGAUCAGCUUCGUGGGCACGGAUCUUGCAGCACACCAGAGAACAUGUUCACUCCCCCGCGUGUUGGAAACGAAUAUCCCCAGGACGGUCCCCACACAUCCAACCUCCCUCAGAGUCAAGGUGUGGAGAACAGGGAGAGGGAUCCUGGAUCUCGAGGCUCCUCAAGGCAUGUGAAAGUAGAGAGUGGAGGAGGCCACAGAGGCUCUACUUCCUCCAACAGCGGCGCCCAGCCCCUCGCGCCAGUCAACCCAAACUGCUCAAAUGAGAAUAACAUUGACAUUAUUGGGGUUGAGAAUGGAGGACAGAUGGUUGGUGCUAAGGGAACUGGAACUGGAACUAACAGAGGACAGGCCUCACACAUGCGCAACCAAGGAGCCAAUGCCGUGGACUGCCCCCAUCAAAAAUCACCCCUACAAGGCCACAUAUCAUCCUUUUGCUGCAAGGUUUGUGGUGAGGCGUUUAGUCACAUUGGCCACCUGCAUGUGCAUGUACAAGUGCACACGCGAGAAAAACCUUACCGCUGUGGAGUAUGCGGGAAAUGCUGCAGCUCCUCCGGCAGACUCCAGGAGCACCAGCGUAGCCACACUGGAGAAAAACCCUUCCGUUGCCAGAUUUGUGGAAAGGGCUUCACACAGAUGGCUCACCUGAAGGUACACAUGAGGAUCCAUACUGGGGAGAAGCCAUACAGUUGCCCUGUGUGUGGCAAAUGCUUCAGCCGUUCUGACAAAAUCAAAAGGCAUCUCCAGACCCAUAGCCGCGAGGGAACAUAUUUCUCAGGGCAAUGAUGCAAGUUUUUAAACAACCCUGUUUGUGAAUCAUAUUGAUGUGGGAAACUUUACUACAAAAAGCUAAAAUUGCUGCCAUUAGGACAAGGCUUUUUUCUACUUUCCAAGAACUAGGGAUUCUGCAACUCUUUGUGAAAGUUUCUUAUCUAACCUAAUACUUCUCCACGCCUAGUCCCUCGAUAGAAUUUGUAUUAGCCAGUUUAGUAUGUCAUUUACUUAAUUUUGUACUUGUCACUGAGUAUUAAAUCUCUAAGACACAAUUUGAGUUAUUAGCUAGCCUUUAUGAAUUAUCUAGCCUUUCCUUAGUCAUAUAAUUAGCAUGAUGAAGUCUUCCACAUAUGCCUUGAAACUGAGAUGCAUUAAGAAAUGCAACAAUGUUCAGCACGGUCAUGGUAUUAUCAACCAUUCACUUCAUAUUCAUAAGUUAACACUUAAGUUUAAAAUCUGCAGACUUAACAACUAUUUUAGGACCAAAAAUGAAGAGUCAGUGUAAGCAUGAAAUUAUCUCAUCUUAAUUUCUCAGUUAACUAGAGAAUUGAUGGUCUGACAAAUGAAGCCAGUGUGUCUUCUGGCUUAGUCUAACACUGCCAGUAGUUUUUUUGUUUUUCAUGUAGCAAUUAGACAAAUGACAAAGUUUAGGCAAACAAAAAGCUACUGAAAUGCCCUCUUAAGUCUGACCUGGCACUUAUUUCCAUUUUAGUCUUUAUUUUAACUUCCUUUUUCUUCUGAGUGCUGUUACGUUGUUGCAAAGCUAAAUACUGCCAUCUCACAUUGUCAGUGCUUCAUGUUGUCCAUUGAAAUAUGGACACAUUUAUUGUGAGACUGCUCCACUAUUUUGUGAAAUAAUGUGAUAUUCUGUAAAAUACCACUAGUCUCGAAUCUACCAUGCAUUUAGGAAUUUUGUGGUGUUUGUUUUUUUUUUUUUUUUUUUUAAUGACAUGCACUAUGGCGUCUGUCUAAGACGAUGCAGAAAUUCGUUCUAUAAUAGGGCCAUACAGUAUUAGCUGAACCUAUCUGCGUUUUUUCUGGGGACUCAAUCUGCAAAGAUUUAUGUGCGUUUCCAACACAAUUGUCAUUCACAUGUGAGGUGUUUUUGGAGUGGCCUCAGUUGUGGUUGAUUUUCAGAAGUGGUGGUUUGUUUAUCAUGGAAUCAGGUACUUCCUCUGCCCAUCUUGGACUGACCCCCCUGAUCAGUAGACCCUACAGUUACCUUUCUCCUCUCAGGACUAAUGCUGCAUUCAUAACAUGAGGGCAUACCAGAAAUACUAAUGUCUGACUUGAAACAGCUAUUAUAAAAGUCAGAAACUCAGGGUUUCCCAUGGAAUUUGACCCUGCUUGUUGUAGGAAUAAACAUGACAAUAACAAUUUUAAAAACAUAAAAUAACAAUUUGCAUCUGAAUGUCCUGCAAAGAGAUGAACUAAAUAAAAAUUGAUACCUUCAUAGUGUGUCAAAGCUCAGUUGUUUCUCUGGGAUGAACACCAGCGAUCCCUCCAUCUGUGAUGAAUGCAGCAUGAGACAACUACAGGACGUCCUCACAGCUGACCAGCAGCCCUUCACUCACAGUCUUCUCUGGGACACCUUUGCUGCCCCUGCACACACACUACUGUACAGUGUUGUAUCAUUGCAUAUUAAAUGUUAUUUUUUAAUAAAGUAGUAAUUGAG